AUGUUUGGUUACGCAACGGUAGUUGCUGCGGCAAGUUGUGACUUGAAUGUGGAGCUUAAACAACUAGGGUUCCUGGCGUCAGCACCUUUUGCAGGUGUACUUUUUGCGUUUCCAUGGGGAUAUUAUGCGGACACUCGAGGACGAAAACGUGCUAUGUUAUUGUCUACUUCUGUGGGAUUCAUCUUUGCAGUGAUAAGUGCUUUCUCCACGCACUGGCUGUUUAUGUUCAUUGUGAAGAUAAUCUGCUGCAGUUUCUCAACAGCUAGUUUCACACUGACGAUGGCGCUGCUAGGAGAGUGCACAGGAAAGAAACAUAGGAGCCAAUACUUAUUCAUUAUGAACAGCUUAAAUCUUAGUUCUGAUGUCUUUGCUUUCGGUUUAGCUUGGCUAAUCCUGCCACUGGACUUCAAAGUCAAUGUCCCUUUAUUAAACAUGACCUUCCGACCCUGGAGACUCUAUACCAUAGCAUUAGCAAUUCCACUGGGUAUAGGGGCGGUUCUCCUAUUUUACAUCUAUGAGAGCCCAGAGUUCUUGGCUAGUAGGGGAGAUAAUGGAAAAGCUUCAGAGGUGUUGACAAUGAUGUAUGAAAGGAAUGGAGGGAAGAGGGAGGAUUAUCCGGUAAGAAACAUAACCCAAACAGGUUUGGCAAUUGCUUCGAAAAGUCAAACAUUCUGGAAGACUUUAAAAAAACAGACUGUUCCAAUUUUCAAGCCACCUUUACUUUGGAGGACUAUACAACUAUAUUUUCUGUUGGCCCUUUGCUGUGUAACAAACAACGCAUUCACAAUGUGGUAUCCAACAAUAGUAAAUUACUUCUUCAAAUCUUUUAAUACAUCAGAUAGCUCCGAGCAAAGUUUUUGUCAGAGAUUAUUUGGAGAUAGCAGUAGCCAAUUAAAUAAUACUCAAACGCUCGAAUGCAACGACGAAAUAUCUACAAACACAAUAUACGCCGGUAUGGUUUAUGGUGUCUUCUACUGGCUCAUGAGCAUAGCCGUCGUCAAAGUAUCUUCCCGCCCUCGUAUGCUACUAAUAGCGGUACUCCUCGUAUCUGGAGUUAGUGAACUCCUGGUGAACGUGAAGAAUCCUAUCGCCAAUAUGAUAUUUUUUACGCUGCUUCAAGCCACUUCAUUAGGAGUUGGUUGCAUAUCAUCCUAUUUUGUGAACUUGUAUCCUGCCUUACAUAGAGGACUGGUAACCAGUCUAGGCAUGAUGGUGGCUCGUCUCUGCUCUCUCACCGCAGUGAGUCUCGUAGGGGCUGCUAUCACUCAACACUGUGAAGCUACUUUCUAUACAUGGUCUGCAUUUGUGUUUGGUGGCGUCAUCGUUUGUUUAUUCCUACCAGCUGACAGGAUAACGACAAAAUCUAGCAUAAUCGACAGUCCAACGUAG